UCCCGAAUUUCAGCGAAGUCGUAAUUCUUUUCUAACGGUGCACGUAACGCGCAGCCCAUCUCUCCCUAACGUUUUAACGUUAAAUAUAAAAUUACGCCCGAACGUUUCCCGAUGCGGCAUAGCAAUUAGAAAGAAUUACGUAAAGAAACAUGAUCGUCGUUCAUAGCCGCGAUGCACGCAACCCGCUCGGACUAGUUAAAUCCUGAAAGGUUCCCCGGCCGAGGCUGAUAUUUCCGUCUAACGUUCCUGCCGAGCGGGUUCGUAUCGUCAAGGUGAACAUAAAUGACAUAUUUCAUCGCGGCAGGAGGCAGGGAUUUUGUCGGCCGUUUCGCAAUGUACACAAAUUUCUAUUUUGCGUAAGCGGCACCCGUGAAAAGUAUCAUCCGUGAAGAGCGCACCUGCCAGCCGAAGGGCAGUGUUCGCGAACAUAGUAUAGUGGAGGCGUCAAAAUGAUAGGAGAGGGCAUGGGGAUCGGAUCGUGAGCUACGCAGGAGAUGUCGACAAGAUGACAGCGGCCGUAUGACGCUCGUUACGUUUAGUCUUGGGCUACAGGUUACCCGUGUGUACCAGGGAAAAGGAUUGUGUCGCCGCUAAAGCGAACGACUUUAUGCCUCCUUACGGCGGCACGUGCGUCUCAGUAGAUUCUCUGCCACGAAACGAGAUCGUAAUCGGGCCUAUUUGGGCAAGAGCCGCAACCGCCGCGCCCGUGCAAUGUACACAGCGGCCUGAACCGCCUCUGGAGUUGUCACCGUCCCCGAGGAGUCCUCCCUUUAAACGCCGCGGAGUGAAGUAAUGAGCGUUUUCGGGGAUUUCCAGCGUGUCUGGGUACAAAGAUUCCCAGACAGCGCCUUGCCGGCGGCCUGGGAGGAGGACGUCAGGGCCAACCUAGUCAAGCAUAAACAGAAGGUAACUGCUUUGAGAGAAGAACUCGAGAAAGAAGAAUUCUAUGUGGAAUAUUUGGAGAGACUGUUAGCGGACGUUGAACGCCAUAAAAAAUUAGCGAACAGCAACACUGUAACAACUCCUGAAAAGCAACAGCUAACAGAUGCUCAAACUCAACAGACCUGUCAACCCACAGAGAACAGUUUGUUAGACGCCACAAAUGUGUCUCACGCUCAACACGUGGAAUCAUCGGCCCCAUCCCUCCCUGUACGCGAAGAUAUAAGUAAAUUUCAAGACAAAUGCGUCUCCGAGCUGAGUUCCACUCUAAACACAAGCAAAAGACCUAAAAGCGAGAUACCGAGAAGUCCUGACAAAGUGCCUGAGCUCCGAAGAAACAGUGACCCUGAUGUGCCAAGUAAUUACGUGACUGUAAUCGAAGUAACGGGUAGCUCGAAGAAAGAGAAAAAUGAAGGAUCUCUCAAGGAGGAGGAUGAGAAAGAUCUGGAAAAUGCAAUUAAUGAAGAUGGAGAGGACGGUGAUGCAGAGGCAUCAGAGGAAGAACCUUACUAUGAUUCCGUAGCUUUAGAUCAAACAGGAGAGUAUGUAUAUAUUGAUGCACGUGUUCCGCCUGUGGGAAACAAUAAUGGCAACAGAGUGCCACAGAGAAGACCGCCUUCUCUUCCCGAUUCACCAGGGAACCAGAGCAAUUAUGUCAACAUCGAUUAUUUUAUACAACACAGGGCAGCGAUGGACAGCGAGGACGAAGAAGGCGCGAGUCCAGCGCCGCCGAUUUUGCUACGUGCUCUUAGCACCGACAACGAAACCGGCAGCAGCGACGCGGAACCUUUAAGCCUGAGCGAGGGCAGCUUAGAAUCGCCGACGCCGACGACACCGCGCCGACAAGAGAAGAGUAAAGAUCGCGAGGACGAUAGAACGUCUAUGAUCAAAUGCAUCGUCAACUCGGUAGUGGAAAGCGAAGCUGUGUACGUUGAAUGUCUAAACGUGAUGUUGCAAUACAUGAAAGCUAUAAGGGCGACGUUGACCACGUCUCAACCAGUCAUCUCGGAAGAUGAAUUCGGCACAAUGUUUUACAAGAUACCUGAACUGCACGAGCUGCAUCAAACAUUUUUGAACGGUCUUAGGAAAAAAUUGGAGAAAUGGGACAGCAAGACUACCAUAGGCGAACAGUUCAAAAUAAUGGCUAGCAACAUUGGCUUGUACGGAGCUUUUUUACACAACUACGCCCGCGCUACCGACACCGUACGAAGAUGUUCCGCGCAUUCCACACAAUUCGGUGAGAUCACAAGAGACAUAAGACUCAGAGGAUUUCCCAAAGGUCCAGGUUUAUCGCUCGAAGAUCUUCUGCACAAGCCUGUUGCUCGCGUGCAAAAGAAUGCGCUGGUAUUGCAUGAUCUCCUUAAGCAUACACCAAUGAAUCAUGCAGAUCAUGCACCGCUCUCCGAGGCUCUUGCUAUGACUAGAAACUUCCUAGACGAAUUCAACAUUAUACAGACGAAAUCAAUGUUUCCGAGUCAUGACAGAGCUCAGCGAAGAUUAGUGAAGAACUCUUUUGUGGUGGAACUGUCCGACGGUCAUAGGAAACUGAGGCACCUGUUCCUCUUCAACGAUGUGAUCGCUUGUGCGAAAUACAAGGCGUCUGGUAGAGAUAAGUUCACGUUCGAGUUAAAGUGGUACGUGCCAGUGGCGGAAGCGGUGGUGACAGAGGACGGUAUCGAGCCACGGGAGACUAGUCCAGCUAACGUUGUAGCUCUGAGGUCGCAGGCAUGUACCGUACGUGAUCAGAUAUUAUGGGAAGAGCGCAACGACGAGAAACGAAUUAGGCUUGGCGGUAGAGGUUCGGAAAAAAAUAGAAAGAAGCUUGCUGAGCUCGAAGCUCAACUAGUAUUAGCGUCCCCAAAUUUAGUAUUACGCGUCGCGCAUAAAAGUCAGCAUCGAAUGCAAAAUUCGUACACGUUCUUUCUGUCCAGUGAAUUUGAACGGUCCCAAUGGGUUGAAGCGGUGGAGGCAUUGCAACAGGUAAUGCGUUCCCAUAUGUACCUAGAUAAGUCAAAGGGUGGACAGCCUCCGGGACCGUUGCCUUUGUCGAUGUACGAAUUGCAGGCUUGGGUCACAGCCUGCCGCACCUAUCUCCAGACAGAUAUGGGUAGCUAUUUGUUAAGAUCAGGCCGAGACGAGAGUUUAUUACUGGGCGAUCUUCACUUGACCCUGCUUGGCCUGACGCCGCCAGGUCUAGACCGAGUAGGAGAUCUUUAUAUAAUUGUGGAAGUCGACAGCUACGGACACUACUUUAAGAGAGCAAGAAGUCGAGUAGCAAGAGGUCAAGCUCCGACAUGGGGCGAAACCUUUGUCGUUGAACUAGAAGGCAGUCAGAACGUUAGAAUUCUACUGUACGAGGAAUGCGGGGCCCGCUCGGUGCUACGAGGCAAGUGUAUACAAAGAUUGAGCAGGUCUUGGCUGCAGUCGGACCAAGUGGAGAGGUCAUUGAACUUAGGCCCAGCUACCCUAGACGUAGCUCUGCGUUUCGUUCCGAGCGAGGUGACUUUAAGGCGAGUGCCGUCUGCCAAACCGCAGGGUUUAUUCGGAGCUAAAAUUCAACAAGUGUGCAAACGUGAAAAACGAGACGUUCCUUUUAUCAUAACGGCCUGCGUAAGGGAAGUGGAAAGGCGAGGCGUGGGAGAAGUAGGCUUAUACCGAGUGUCCGGCUCCGCGUCUGACCUGACGAAAUUGCGCAAAUCGUUUGAGAGCAAUUCGUACGAGGCGGAGCAAUUGCUUAAAGAGGUGGACGUUCAUUCGGUGACGGGCGUCCUCAAACUGUACCUUCGCGAAAUGCCGGAAGCUCUCUUCACGGACGCGCUUUACCCGGCUUUCUUGGAAGCUUUCCAAACCGGCGAGCUGUCGAAGGGCGCCGCCUUGCGAAGGGUCUACGAGAGCCUGCCCGCCGUGAACAAGGCGGUGAUCGAUUUCCUGCUGACGCAUCUGAUACGCGUGAACAAGCACGAGGCGCAGAACAAGAUGUCGCUGCACAAUCUGGCGACGGUGUUCGGGCCGACGCUCCUGCGGCCCGGCACCAACUCGCGGUCCGACGCGAAGAGCCGCGACCCGCUGGCCGCGGGCACCGUCGACGUGAUGGCUCAAGCGGGCAUACUUUACUGCUUCCUGCAGAUGCACAUGCAACAGAACAAUCAGUCACUCUAGUCGAGAGAUUCUUGUUGACAUGCCGCAGCGUCGGUUGCUCGGGGCUCGCCGGACUCGUCGCGGCUAACGCUCGAUUGUAAAAUUCAUCGAUCUUUUAUAAUAUAUUUUAUUAGUUUCUCGUGACGUGUCGUUUACGCAACGCAUUAAGUAGUAUAUAUACAGGCUUUCACGAACACCCGGACCGGAUGGAAUUCCUGUGACGUCGAGACGCAUACGAGUCACGCGACGAAGGACUUGCAGGCCGUCACAUUGGUCCUUCGAGCUCCGUAAUAUAUUUUAUACUUUUACUCCGAAGUCCUAGCCAACGAGGGAUCUGUACUUGGUUCGAUUAAGGUCAUGGUUUUAGGGAUGAACUUCGAUCAAGACUAUGCUAUACUAACAUUCUCGAUACACGUGUCAAACGAUUUGUCAUUUCGGUUUUUAUUUCAGCAGCGUGAACGUAAUUUGAAUUCUCGCAUGAACGAUCAAAGUGUGUCCUUAAGAUCUUGAGAAUGUUCGAGUUAGUCGGACCAAGUAUAGGGACUAACCGUUUCAACAUUUUCGAAGACAUUUUGAGGAAAAGAAACAGGAUGGAAAAUUCAUGUUCACAUUAGAGAGACAGACAGACAGGCAGUUCACUAUUGUAUCCACGCUUUAGAGAAUAAGUGUUUUUUCCAAUGGGGCGUGUUCCUAACAGAGAGUCUAAAUUUUUUUACGCGAUAACAACGUGACAUACCUCCUUCAGCUAUGUUCAUGAGAAUGUCCACUUUAAUCGAGUGAAUCACGUUCCUAAAUAUUCCUCCUACUGGACAAUUUCGGGAGAUCACGUUCCUUGGUAUAUGCAAAUCGAAGCUUGAUAGCGACGCGAUAUAUACUGGCUGCAUUCAGUUCAUUACGGAAGCCGCGCUCCGCGAGCUGUUCUAUUCUUUAUAGAAGUAUUUUCACAGAAGUACGCGCUCUCGAAUUUUUGUAAAGGAUAUUGACGAGCGGUGGAGUUGAGACGUUUUUAACAUUUAAGCUGUAAUUAGACUCCCGUUUCGAGAAUCGUGUCUUUAUUUUCAAAUAUUCUUUCUUUCCUGAGCAAUAUUGUUUUCAGUGUGUUAUUCUUGGAACUCUUAUUUGUUCAUAGAGAAUUUCGUUAUUCGUUUCUACGUUGACACGUUAACACUUGGCCAACCGAAUGAGGAGAUCUCCCACUUUUCAUAGCAAUUGCCUUUUAUUCUGUUUAUCUUUUCUUUUAUUUAGUAUUGACGUGGGAUUAUUUGCAAUUCAUCAAAUACGUUUUUAACUAAAUUGAAUAAGUAUAAUUGAAGAUAAUGGAGAAGGUUGUAGUUACAGUUCCUUCCAGGCGGUCGCCUAAGUGUUAACACAGGAGGAUUAACAUCAGAGAUCUCAUUUCCGGUUGUUAGGUCUAAAUACAGCUUAAUGGAGCACCAAAGAGAAGAAAAUAUUCUCUCGCAUACAUCCGAUAGAGUACCGUGAUUGACCCUUUGAAGCAUCGCAACACUUGCAUUCUAUUAUCCAAACCGCAUAUCCAUCUUAACGAUACACGAUACGAGUUGUAUUUUUCUAUUAUUGUAUACCACCGCAAUUAAUAAUCUAUCUCACGUAUUUUAUAGUAAUAGCAUUCUGAAGAUCGCUCUCUACGAAGUCGACACUCCAUGCUUCAGAGGGUUGAAGCAAAGGAAAGCACAUUUGGCAGUACAAAUUUAAUACUCCACGUAGAGGCCCUACCCCACCCCCACCCCUCCCUUUUUACAUGCUAGGACGUUAAUGAACUACUUUGUAAUCGGAACGACGAAGACGAAACGGAUGAGACUCGAGUCUGAUUCCAAUGUUCGAUAAAAUCGUGAAUAUUAUUGAUCGAGAUGCAAAACAGCAAAAAGAACAAAAAGAGAGAGAGAAAGAAACGAAAGAGUACGACGACGAAUUGUUACGUUAAGGUACUUUUCCAGAGGUGACCACUGUGCUUGAGCGAAGGCAACUAUCGUAUGAGUGGUUUCAGUGUGUGUGCGUGUAUAUGUGUAACCUGCCCAUGUGUAUUAUAUCGUAAAUAUUGGAUACCUUUAAUUUUUAUAUCGCAUUUUAGCAUAAUACGCGGCCCCUCUUUUGUACAUUCAACGAUAAAUGUAAAGACAAAGUUUCUGCUAUUACGAUUAAUUAAUUAUUAUUAUUAAUAUUAUUAUUAUUAUUAUUGAUUAUUAUUAUUACUAAUUAUUAUCGCAACAACUAUUAUUAUUUCCAUUAUACCGUUUACGAUUACUGUCGAUCGAGCAAUCUGACGACAGCAACUCGAUAAAGGCUAUUUCGCUGCAAGACGAUGUACUGCCAAAAAUCCACACACCUUUGAAACACACAAAUAUACUGGAGGUUUAUAAACUUUUACAUCGGAAAUGUUUGUUACCAACCCAGGUUACAUUUUUCUGUUCUUUUUAUUUGUAUAAAUAAAUUUUAAGCUGGAGCACGUUAUAUUGUAACCACGUGAUUGUUGUU